AUGGGCGGGGUCAGGGCCACCCUUCCCGGCCACGCGGCAGGGUGCUGCUGGAGGAUGACUGUCGGACCCCGUGGAGGCGAGACUCCGGCGAUGGAGGCGGGAGGCUGCUGCUACCAGUUUCGGAUCCUGCUGCUGGGGGACACGGCUGUGGGCAAGACGUCGCUGCUGCGGCGCUACGUGGGGGGCGCGCUCGGGACCCUGGCGCGGGCGCCGGAGGCAGAGCUCCAGUCCGAGCCCACGGUGGGCGUCGAGUUCUACAGCCGCCUACUGCAGCUGGGAGCCGGGCGGUGGGUCAAGCUGCAGCUCUGGGACACGGCGGGCCAGGAGCGUUUCAGGUGCAUCACCAGGUCUUUUUACCGGAAUGUGGUGGGUGUCCUGCUGGUUUUUGAUGUGACAAACAGGAAGUCCUUUGAACACAUUCCACAUUGGCACCAGGAGGUGGUGGCCACUCAGGGCCCCGACAAGGCAAUCUUCCUGCUGGUUGGCCACAAGAGUGACCUACAGAACACCCGUUGUGUCUCAGCCCAGGAGGCAGAGGAGCUGGCUGCCUCCCUGGGCAUGGCCUUCAUGGAGACCUCAGCCAAAAAUAACUGCAAUGUGGACCUGGCCUUUGACACACUGGCUGACACCAUCCAGCAAGCCCUGCAGCAGGGGAACAUCAAGUUGGAGGAGGACUGGGGGGGCAUUCGGCUCAUCAAGAAGACUCAAACCCCUCGGCACCCCAGCAGGCAGCAACAGGCAGGCCCAUGCCAGUGCUGACUCUGGAAGGGAAAGGGUUGAAGCAGUGCCAACCCCAGAAGGCUGGUGGGAUGGAGAGAGUAUCUCUCCAAAGGGCAAAUGGCAGAGUAUACCUUAAGCGUUCAUAUAAACAAUA